GCAUUACCCCACUGGCCAUGCAAACUGCAGCCACGUCACCAGCUUAUGGGGAGUCAGCAACAGCCAUCUAAGAUCCCCUUUCCCUCCCAUCACUGGGUAUCUAUCAGGGCAACCUCGCAGAAUACCCCUGUGCUGCAGCCCUCUGCAUGGGGACAAUAUUUACCAGCCCUGGAUCAUCACAUGUUCACUUUUAAUGUACUUUUAACGAUUAAGAUCUCCUCCUGUUUAAACUAUAUUGCCAGUGAGGCUGGAUGGUUAACUUCUAGGAUUAGUUUUUUUUAAAACUUGUUUUUACUUGGGACAAAUUGUGCGUGGGCAUCUGCCAUUUUACUGAUCAGAUACAUUUCACUGUUGCAGAGUGAAAUUAGUUAAUUUUUCUGUAACUUCGAUUUUAGUGAAAACUAACGUUAAUUUAGCCCAGAGCUGGUUUUAGGUAUUUUUUUUUUUUAAUUUUUUUUUUGAGAGAGGUUGAAGCAGUGCAUCAGAUAAAAUGAAUAUUUUUAGGAUAUUAGGUGAUGUGUCCCACUUAUUAGCAAUGGUCAUUUUGCUGAUGAAGAUGUGGAAGUCAAAGUCAUGUGCUGGUAUCUCUGGGAAAAGCCAGCUAUUGUUUGCAGUGGUAUUUACCACAAGAUAUCUGGAUUUAUUAACCUCAUUUAUUUCCAUCUACAAUACUGUAAUGAAGGUCAUCUUUUUGUUGUGUGCUUAUAUCACAGUUUACCUGAUUUACAUCAGAUUAUCUAAGACGUACGAUGGCGAGAACGACACAUUCCGGCUGGAAUUUCUCCUGGUGCCUGUCAUAGGACUGUCUUUCCUAGAGAAUUAUGACUUUACUCCUCUAGAGAUCCUAUGGACUUUCUCUAUUUAUCUGGAAUCAGUGGCCAUUCUGCCACAGCUCUUCAUGAUCAGCAAGACAGGAGAAGCUGAAUCCAUUACAACUCACUACCUCUUUUUUCUGGGGCUUUACCGCAUGCUUUACUUGGCUAACUGGAUUUGGCGUUACCACACUGAGAAGUUCUAUGACCAGAUUGCGGUGGUAUCUGGAGUGGUGCAGACCAUCUUCUAUUUUGACUUCUUCUACCUGUAUAUAACUAAAGUUCUCAGAGGGAAAAAGCUGAGUCUUCCAAUGCCAGUGUAAGAUGGACCAGGAUACCAUUACUGUGCUCCCAAACCUCACCCCCCACGCUAUGGACUUAAAUGGGGAGGGUAGAAUCACUCCUGCUCUAAGUGCACACCAAUCACCCCUUCCCCCUGGGCCCGUGCUUGGCUAUCGGAUGGUAAAGCAGUUGUUUUUCUGUGUAUUUCUAUUUGUUUUUUUGCUGGAUAAAAUAAAAUAUAUUCAUGGGA